UAGACGUUCGGGUGAACUCAGCGCAUGCGCAGAAUGUUGCGCAUGCGCGUUUAACUUUUUUCAGGGUCGGGCGAGUUUCGCUCCACCGGGCGGUGUGCGUUGUGACACUUCCUCCCCGUGUAACAAUGGCGGCGCAGACCGCGGGGGCAGGAGCAGGCUCAGCGGGGGAGAUGGUGGCCGGUACCUCGGCGAUGAACCGGAAGAAGGACGGGGGUCCAUGUGUGGAGUUCUGGGAGAGUGCGGAGACCGCGGCACAGCUUGACUCCAUCCGCUCUUGGAUCGGGAAACAUUACAAGAAGUAUGUGCAGGUUGAUGCUCCUUCCAGUAAGUCCCUCUCGGUGCUGGUGGUCCAGCUGCAGCAGUUCCAGGAGGACACGUUUGGGCGUAAAGCGAGCGAGCCUGGUCUCAUGAAACUCCCGGCGAAGUGUUUUUUGGAUAUGAAGCCUGGAGGAGCUCUGUGUCACAUCCUUGGCUCAGUGUACAAGUUUAAAACGGAGCAGGGCUGGCGCCGUUUCGACCUGCAGAACCCCUCCAGAGUGGACCGCAAUGUGGAGAUGUUCAUGAGUGUGGAGAAAACGCUGUUACAGAAUAAUCUUCUGAGCAGGCCAGUGGUGUAUCUGUCUCCUGAGCUGGACCAGAAGCAGACCAGCAAACUCAAGGACAUCGUCAUGAAACAUAAGGGUUCAGUCACAGAAGACCGCUUACAAGCCACCCAUCAGAUCUUCCCCACUCCUCACUCUGUAGAUGAAGAUUGGUUCCGGCCUGUAUUGCGGGUGAACCAGCACGUGAUGGUGCACUGGGGCAUGUAUCCGGACAGUUACGACACGUGGCUGCCUGCCACUGAUGUGGACGUGGAUGUAGAGGAAGCUCCGACCUCUGAACGACCUUGGAAGGUCCACGCUAAGUGGCUUCUCGACAUGGACACGUAUAAUGAGUGGAUGAACGAGGAAGAUUAUGAGGUGGACGAUGGCAGACGGGGCAUGAGUUUCCGGAGACGUGUCUACCCCCGAGAUGAGGAGGAAUGCAGGACCUCAGGAAAGAAGCGAAGACACUCCCCGUCUCCGCCCGCAUCUGAGUCCAGAAAGAAAGGAGGAAAGAAGGGUUCCUAUAAGAGGCGGGGCCAACGGGAAGAGGCGGAGCCAGAAGAAGAUCUGACCAAAGACAUGGAAGAUCCAACACCAGUACCGAACAUGGAGGAGGUCAAGCUGCCAAAAAACGUAAACCUGAAAAAAGACAGUGAGAACACACCAGUGAAAGGAGGAACCAUGGCUGACUUGGAUGACCAGGAGGAUGAGUUCCUGUCAGGAGUGAGGGAUGAGGAGGACCAGGGCCGUGAGUUUGGUCGUGGGCUGGAAGGAGAGGAGAGCGCCACAGAGCAGACUCACCACAUCAUCAUCCCCAGCUACGCCUCCUGGUUCGACUACAACUGUAUUCAUCAGAUAGAGAGGAGAGCACUGCCCGAGUUCUUCAACGGCAAGAACAAGUCCAAAUCACCAGAGAUAUAUUUGGCGUAUCGUAAUUUCAUGAUCGACACGUACCGGCUGAACCCCCAGGAGUACCUGACCUCCACCUCCUGCAGACGGAACCUUACAGGAGAUGUGUGUGCCCUCAUGAGGGUCCAUGCAUUCCUGGAACAGUGGGGUCUGAUUAAUUACCAAGUGGAUGCUGAGAGCAGACCUCUCCCUAUGGGUCCACCACCAACACCUCAUUUUAAUGUUCUCACAGACACUCCAACAGCCCUGGUUCCUCUACAACAUCGCCCUCUACAGGUCUCAGCCUCUCAGCAUAUGCUCCAUUUCCCAGAGAAGUCCAGAGAAAAACCUUCAGACCUUCAGAACUUUGGCCUCCGGACUGAUAUUUAUGCGAAGAAACAUCCCAAGCCUAAAGGAGCGAAUGCAGGACGUGAGUGGACAGAACAGGAAACUCUGCUGCUGCUGGAGGCAUUAGAGAUGUAUAAAGAUGACUGGAAUAAGGUCUCGGAGCAUGUGGGCAGUAGGACACAGGAUGAGUGUAUCCUGCAUUUCCUGCGCUUGCCUAUAGAGGACCCGUACUUGGAGAACUCUGAGGCGUCUAUGGGUCCUCUGGCCUACCAGCCUGUUCCCUUCAGCCAAUCAGGAAACCCGGUCAUGAGCACCGUGGCCUUCCUCGCCUCUGUCGUGGACCCAAGAGUGGCUUCUGCUGCUGCCAAGGCAGCCCUGGAGGAGUUCUCUCGUGUUCGAGAACAAGCUUCUCCGGAGCUCCUCAAUGCCCUGAGCCUGAAAGUCACAGAACCUGCUCAGAGUUUAGCAGAACUGGAGCCGGCCUUCGGAAUGCGCUCCAGUACCACAUCCAGCACCGAGACAGAACAUCUGGAAAAGACCGAUGGAAGCAAACUGGAGAAGCUGGAGUUUGACACGGAUCCCCAUGAGAAGGCCCUGGGGGAGAGCUCUGGAGGAGAGGGGGAGAGGGUGAAGAACGAGGAGAAGGAGGAGAUGGAAGGAGAGAAGGGAGAGGAGAGCAAAGCAGAAGAAGGGAUGGAAGUUGUCCAGACACAUGUGGAGCAUGGAGAGAGAAGGAGGAGGGCAGAACUCGAGCUGGUCGAAGCGAAUAUUGCCACCGCGGCUGCAGCUGCCCUGGCAUCUGCUGCCACCAAGGCCAAGCACUUGGCCGCUGUGGAGGAAAGGAAGAUCAAGUCCCUCGUGGCGCUGCUGGUGGAGACGCAGAUGAAGAAGCUGGAGAUCAAGCUGAGGCAUUUCGAGGAGCUGGAGACCAUCAUGGACCGUGAGAAAGAGGCUCUGGAACAACAGAGGCAGCAGUUACUCUCAGAGAGGCAGAACUUCCACCUGGAGCAGGUGAAGUACGCUGAGCUAAAGGCACGGCAACAGCUGGAACAGCAGCAGGGGGGCGGAGCCUCACAGAGCAGCGGGCAGGCGUUUAACCCUCUACAUCAUGGUCGUACAGUGGGUGGUGGAGGGGCGGGGCAGAUGUUGGAUGUCGGUGCUCCUAAUGGCACAUACCAAACUCCACCAUCGUCGCAGUCUGAAGGGGCUACGCCCAUUUCCCGGCCCCCGCUGGACAGCUGAGCUCAAACCCCCUAUCAGCAAUCAUCUCCCCGGGUUCCUGCGUCCUCCAUGCCCAUCAGUGUUGUGUCCUGUCAGUGAAGUGUGUGUGUGUGUGUGUGAGUGAAGUGUGUGUAGCUGCAGGAGGAAGUGAAUCUCUUCUCUCCGUGCAUCUCGUUCACCUCUAGAUGUUUGUAGCUCGGUUUUUGUAUUGAACCUCACGCCAAUCCAUUUUCCUUUUCUAAAUAAAAAGUAUCGAGUUUC